AUGGAGUACGUGAAGCAAAGUAAAAUACUUGAAGCGGAGAAAGAACUGGAGUUCAAGAAGAAGUUACUAUCUGAAUAUGUGAAAGAGAAAGAUUUCCUUGGCAAGGCGAUGAGUAAUGCCACAGGCGACAAGCUCGUACAAGUGACCAAAGAUCUCGAAACAAUCGAGACAAAGAUCAAGGAUUUGACCCAUAAUAUCGAAAAGAAGACUGAAUAUCUAAAAUUCUUCCCUGAAUCCAUGAGCCUUCUGUGCGGCUAA